AUGGUUGGCUCAACAAAGACCCAUGAAGAACUAGAGCACAGCAGCGUCCUCUCGUCGAUACGGACAAAGAUUGGUUUAGAGGCAGAGCCGCCAAUCCUCGAAGGCCAUGAUGUCCACCAUCACCUGACAUGGAGCUCUGUGAGGGUGAUAUUCCGAGAACCGUUUGCCGAAUUCUUUGGGGUUUUCAUCAUGAUCCUGUUUGGUAACGGCAGUGUGGCACAGGUGUUGCUCAGUGGUGGAGAGAAAACAGCCCCUGGCAUGAAUGGCUUCGGUUCAUACCAGAGCAUUUCUUGGGGGUGGGGUCUUGGGGUUAUGCUAGGAAUAUACGUUGCUGGAGACUCAGGUGGUUUCUUGAACCCAGCAGUAACCUUCUGCUUCUGCCUCUUCCGAAAACUUCCCUGGAAACGCUUCCCAAUCUAUUUCCUCGCUCAACUCUUAGGUGGUUUCGCCGGAUCAGGAGUCGUAUACGCAAAUUACCUCAACGCAAUCAACCAAGUCGAGGGCCAUGGGAUUCGCACCGUACCGCCUUCACUAACAGCUACAGCUGGCAUCUUCUGCACAUAUCCACAAGCAUUUUUGACAAAAGCGAGUCAGUUCUUCAGCGAGUUUAUUGCAAGCACGAUUUUGAUGUUUGUUAUCUUUGCGCUGAAGGACGAUUCGAACCCAGGAGCUAUGGGAAAGUCUGGCGCAGGAAUGUUGUUCCCACUUGCGUUGUUUUUCCUGAUUUUUGGACUGGGGGCUUGCUUUGGAUGGGAGACCGGCUACGCAAUCAACCUGGCCCGAGACUUCGGACCACGUCUAAUGAGUUAUAUUGUAGGCUACGGUCACAAAGUUUGGAGUGCAGGGGGAUACUAUUUCUGGAUUCCUAUGGUUGCCCCCUUCCUCGGCUGCUCGUUCGGUGCCUUCCUUUACGAUUUCUUCAUCUACACGGGCCCUGAAAGUCCAGUCAAUACCCCAUGGCUGGGUUUGAAGGAUCUGUUCACCCAGCCUUGGAGGAGCAAGAAGCAGCCGGAGACAUAUGAGGUCUAA